AUGUCGGUUUUUCUAAAUUAUUCAGGUACCAAAUGUAUAAAUGCAUUCUUUCUUGCAUUUCCCAUAACGGUGUUAACAGAUCCAACAUCCCGAAGAGCUUCCAUUUCUGAAAUAAUUUGCCUUUUUCUGAUCAUGGCACCAGCUACAGCAACAGGGGAUUCGAUUAAACCCAGAGAAGUUUGCAUCGUUGGUGUUGCCCGAACACCAAUGGGUGGCUUUCUUGGCUCCCUUUCGUCACUAUCAGCAACCAAGCUUGGAUCUAUAGCUAUUGAGAGUGCUCUUAAGAGAGCAAACAUUGAUCCAUCACUUGUACAAGAAGUUUUCUUUGGAAAUGUACUCAGUGCAAACUUGGGACAGGCUCCAGCUAGGCAGGCAGCAUUAGGUGCAGGGAUACCCAAUACAGUGAUUUGCACUACUGUUAACAAAGUCUGUGCAUCAGGGAUGAAAGCAACUGUGCUUGCUGCACAAAGUAUCCAGUUGGGCAUCAAUGAUGUCGUUGUGGCUGGUGGCAUGGAAAGCAUGUCCAAUGUCCCUAAAUACUUAGCCGAAGCAAGGAAGGGAUCUCGACUUGGACAUGAUGCUCUUGUUGAUGGGAUGCUGAGAGAUGGACUAUGGGAUGUCUACAAUGACUUUGGGAUGGGUGUUUGUGCUGAAUUAUGUGCUGAACACCAUGAAGUCACAAGAGAGGAGCAGGACAAUUAUGCAAUUCAAAGCUUUGAGCGUGCCAUUGCUGCUCAAGAUAGUGGUGCCUUUGCGUGGGAGAUUGCUCCAGUUGGAGUAUAUGGAGGAAGAGGAAGACCAUCUACAGUAGUUGAUAAAGAUGAAGGUCUAGGAAAGUUUGAUGCUGCAAAGUUGAGGAAGCUUCGACCAAGUUUUAAGGAAAAUGGUGGUACUGUCACGGCUGGCAAUGCUUCUAGCAUAAGCGAUGGUGCUGCUGCUCUGGUCUUAGUGAGUGGAGAGAAGGCUGUGAAGCUUGGACUACGAGUCAUUGCAAAAAUCUCUGGAUAUGCUGAUGCUGCUCAGGCACCGGAAUUGUUUACAACUUCUCCAGCUCUUGCCAUUCCGAAAGCUAUUUCAAAUGCUGGCUUAGAAGCUUCUCAAAUAGAUUAUUAUGAAAUCAACGAAGCCUUUUCGGUUGUGGCUCUUGCUAAUCAGAAAUUGCUGGGGCUUAAUCCAGAGAAAGUAAAUGUACAUGGCGGAGCUGUAUCCUUAGGUCAUCCUCUAGGUUGUAGUGGAGCACGUAUAUUGGUCACACUUUUGGGGGUAUUGAGGCAAAAGAAUGGAAAAUGUGGAAUUGGUGGUGUUUGCAAUGGAGGAGGAGGUGCUUCAGCCCUCGUGAUAGAGCUUGUAUAA